UUCCCCGGUCUGUUGACGACAGAGCCAACUGACUAGCUGUUGCUGGCGUUUCUGUUUGGUCAGACUGAAGUCGAAACAUGAAACAUUUUAGGCUGAAUUAAUUUUAUAAUUUAAGGCGUUGACCCUUCACCCGAAGUACUGGACUGGGCAUGCCAGUCGCUGACCCAUCAACUGCAAUAAGACAGUUUAAUCUGGAACGAUGGCUGCACGUCCCAUCUCUUAUGAUAGCAACUCCAGCGACACCGAAAACUGUGAGCAGAGAACGAGUUGUCGCACUCGCCGAGUUUACAGACACUCAAGUAGUCAGCCCCGGGGUUCUCAGCUGGAGGCCGAGGCGGUGAGAAUGAGUCACGGACAUGGGGCCAGCAGUGGCCUGGAGCGCUGCAGGGAGAGGCGUCGCUCUGGAGACCGCUCCAGGGACUCAUCCCACGAGAGAGCUGAGGGCCAGCUCACACCCUGCAUCAGAAACGUUACCUCACCUACACGACAGCAGCUCAGCGAUCGAGACAGGGAAGUGGGCUCAUGGUUGAGAUCAGCAAGCCCCAGGCCUCAGAAGGGCUGCUCCUCCGGCUCUGUCUGUGGAGAUUCCCACAGUAAAUCUCAUGGCUCGGACAUGAUUUAUGUUUAUGAAACUGCUAAGGAGGGCUCCCGCAGCAUCAGGACUGCAGAGAGGGUCACCCUCAUCGUCGACAACACACGCUUUGUUGUUGACCCUGCAAUCUUCACAGCUCAGCCCAACACCAUGCUGGGCAGAAUGUUUGGAGCUGGGAGGGAGUAUAACUUCACACGGCCCAAUGAGAAGGGGGAGUACGAAGUCGCGGAGGGCAUCAGCUCUACCGUAUUCCGAGCCAUUCUGGAUUACUACAAAUCAGGGAUAAUCCGCUGCCCUGAUGGGAUCUCCAUUCCCGAGCUGAGGGAGGCAUGUGACUACCUCUGCAUCUCCUUCGACUACAGCACCAUCAAGUGCAGGGACCUGAGCGCACUCAUGCACGAGCUAUCCAACGACGGUGCACGAAGGCAGUUUGAGUCAUACCUGGAGGAGAUGGUGCUGCCGCUAAUGGUGGCCAGCGCCCAGAGUGGAGAGAGGGAGUGCCAUGUUGUGGUGCUGACCGAUGAUGAUGUGGUGGACUGGGAUGAAGAGUACCCGCCGCAGAUGGGCGAGGAGUACUCUCAGAUUAUCUACAGCACAAAACUGUAUCGGUUCUUCAAAUACAUCGAGAAUCGAGAUGUAGCCAAGUCCGUUUUAAAGGAGAGAGGACUGAAGAAAAUCAGAUUAGGCAUUGAAGGUUAUCCAACCUACAAAGAGAAAGUGAAGAAACGUCCCGGCGGUCGGCCUGAGGUCAUCUAUAACUACGUGCAGAGGCCCUUCAUCCGCAUGUCCUGGGAAAAAGAAGAGGGCAAGAGCCGCCAUGUAGACUUCCAGUGUGUGAAGAGCAAAUCCAUCACCAACCUGGCAGCUGCCGCUGCAGACAUCCCUCAGGAUCAGCUGGUGGUCAUGCACCCCGGGCCUCAGGUGGAUGAACUGGACAUCCUCCCCAACCACCAGCCCCAGCCAAGCCACCACUACGAUCCUGAUCCGGACGCACCAUCCCCGGCAGUCUGACCCACGCCCCCCCACUGACCCAAUCCCACCCCAGCACACACAAAUCACUGCAGUGAGGAGCCACCCCAGACGGGCAGCCAAAACCACAUUGCCUUUCUGACCCUCUCUUCUGCCUUACGAGUCUCAGAGACCAGUCUGCUGCCGCAGCAGAGGAGCAGAGGGCACACAGUAUGAUUCUCGUUGGUUUGGUUUCUAGAGCAAAAGAUGUUUUUGUUUUAAUGAAAAUGAAAUCCACCACCCACCUCCCUCAAGGGAAAACCAGAAACAUAGCCAGUAAUUGCUCUUUGGAUAUGUUUAAAGAGGAACAGCACCUCAUAGAGAAUGACUCUGAUUAUUUAUUCUUGAUCAUGCCACUUGUUCACCACAGAGCAAGCUACUGCAGCUAGAUUGUCAGACUGUCUAAAAUGAUGCAAGCACACAUGGCACCUGAAAACAAUGCUUCAUAAAAGCACCAGAAUGUCACAAGUGCAGCACAAUCAUAUCUCAAGUAGAUAACUGAAAUAGCAAUAGUCCUGACAUUUCAAAUUUGCCACAAAGUGGUCUGUCUGGUCGAAAUCCAGUGAUCCCCAGUCUUCCAUAGGAAAGGCAAAGGCCUGGAGCUGGGCCCAAGAUUACAGCAUAACCAAUCCAGUAACUGUUGUCCAAGGUGGUAACAGUUACUGCUCAAGCUGAUGAAUUAUGCAUUGGGAUCUGAAAUUAUCACUGGAUGAGGAAGGUGACCGCUGCUUUAAUUGCUUUAUUUCAUGAUGAUGGUUGUGGCGCUUUGUUGCUGUUGUUGUAAGACUAAGAUGGUGGUACAACGGAGCCUGAGCCACUAUCGUGGUGCACCUGUGGAGCCUCACUGUGAUGCAUGGCCUCUGAGUAAUGUAAAAGUACACAAGUGAUGUCACAACCUUUUAUUGUACUGUUCU